UAUUCUAAAUAUCAUAUGAUGAAUAUUUUACUAUUUGUAGUCUUAUCUUACCAAUUAAUGCUAGCGGCGAAAACACCAUUUAAGAUUUGAGUCGUGUGAGAGAUAAUUUUAAAAUCAUGCAAUCUAUUGAUUGAACUACAUAAAGUGGUUAAAGAAAAAGAUCCUACUACUCUACAUCGGAACACGACCUCAGACAAUCUGAAAGAGGAUUCUAUGGAUCUGGUGAUAUUCUUCCUGGUUUCCUAUCCUUGGUUUGUUGGAGCUUCCGUGGUUGUUAUUCCAUAUGAUCGUUGUAAUGACACCUUUUUGUUGAGCAUUGGAAGAGGGUCCCUCUCUUCAGAAUAUACCUCUGCCGCAGCUGCCACUUGUGAAAUGUACUGGCCAAAUCGUGGUUGGCAUAAUAACAAUGUUUUUGUCGGACUUAACAUUACACAGGGGUGUCCCGCAAUGAACCAAUGCAGUAAACACAAAAACUGGACGUAUGAGACGCUUCCUGUUACAAACAGCCCAGAAUAUAAACAUAUUUGUGAGACUGGCUCUACUGGUUGUUGUGAAAAAAACAGCAUUGCUAAUGUCCGUAAUUGCACAUCAUUCAAUUUAUAUUUCCAUCGCACCUCCAAAGGUUGUGAUAAAGAUUAUUGUUUUGUAGUGUUACCAACCAACACGGGAAACGGAACAACUCUAAGUGGCCAAACAACUUCAGUGUCAUCAAUUAAAACUGGAAGCGGAACAAAUCGAAGUGGUCAUACAUCUUUAGCUCGUGUUCCGGUUUGGUCAAUUUGCCUUAUUACAAUUUCGAUUGCAUCAAAUAUUUUUCUAACACUAGGAUUAGUAUUUUUAUGGCUGAAAAAUAAGCGUAGAACACACGCAGCUGCUGACAUAAGAACAGAAAAUACGGAAGUUAUUAAAAUAGGAAAUCGAAUUAAAUGACAAAUAAAGAUAUCUUCUAAUUUAUAAGAAUGUUGUACGUGAUUCUGUUGCAAUUACUCCCAUAUAUUUGUUAAUCACGGCAGUAUAGUCCGUUUAUUCUCGUCAGUGCCAUUUUGUCUAUUUCUAUGCGUGCAAUAUGGGUGUAAUAUAUUACAAAUUUUAGCAGAAGGAAGUAGGCUGGUCGUUGUAACGUUAAAUUAAUAUGAUAAAUUAAAUGUAAUCGUUAUCCGUGUUGUCAUUAGAUUAUAUUACAAUUAAAUAAUUAACAUAAGUAUUAAAAUCAUAACUAUGUUAUUGAAAUUUUUGUCCAUAUAUUUGUUUAUGUAUCUUAAAAGUUUUGAAAAUAUUAAGAUGUAUUUUGAUUUGUUAUUCAUUUGUACAGACAGCCCUUAAGAUGACCUAGCAUUUUGCUAUAAGACCCUAAUCUUAACCCAUUCACCAGCGUACGCUGUUGUUUUGAUGUGCGUUAUUAUUUCGAUGCCAACAAUCAGCUGUUAGUUUAUGUGUUUGUACUGCUACCUAUCUAUGUAAAUAUUCCAUGUUAUUGCAUCUUUUUUUAAUUUGUAAUCAUUGUAAUCUUCCUUGUGUUUGUAAGAUUUGUAUAUUGUUAUAUUGUUGUACUAUUUUUAAGGGAGAAAGCGGCCAUCUUUUACUUUUGAAGAAAAAAAUGUAAACAUUUCUUAACUGGAUUGUUUCUGCCAAAAAUGACUAAAACUAUUGUCAAAAGAUGAAAAACAAUAAAUGUGAGGUUAUACCUGCUUUUUGGUAUGCAAAUUACGCAUACAAGAACAGAACAAUGCAUUUUAAUCACUUCGAACUGCACAGCUUCAGACUGAAAUUUAAGAUUUAAAAAAAAGGAGUUCCACUCUACAACCAAUAGUUGAAAAAAAGUAUAAACUUGCUUGAGAAUAUCUCAUUUUUGAAAUGGGUCUAAAAAAAACACCGAUUCAAACGAGAUUUUUUUUUGUGUCUAUGGGCAGUAUAUUGAGAAAAAAUUUCAUAUUAGAAUAUAUUUUCAUGUUUAUUUUUUUUCUUGAAUAUAUAGCGUCAAAAUGCCUCAAUAGACACGGGAGUAUUUAGUAUAGACUGGAUUUUUCUUGUUCUAGAUCCAAUUCCGGCUGAUAAAAAUAGAGAACCCUUUCUUGAGGCAAAAUUACUACAAUAAUUUGCAAAAUUCAACCUUUACCUAAAAUGGUUUUAGAAUAUUUAUUGUUUGUGGGGGACCAAUGUUCGUGGAUUUCGUGGGGAAUCCUUGCCCAUGAAUAUUUAUCCCCACGAACGACUUAAAACUUGCUUCCGACGAAAUUACGUCCCCACGAACAAGAAAAAAUUUGGCUACCCACGAACAUUGAUUCCAACGAAUAUAAAUUAUUCCACAGUAUAAAUAAAUCUCUUUCUUAUUUUUCUUUCUUUUUUAGACCUUCAAAAUAAGUCUGCAGGUGCACAGUUCUACAGCUGUUCAAGGUGAUUGAAAAGGCAUUGUUCUCUUCUUGUAUGAUUAAUGUGCAUACAAAGUUACAUGUAGAAACUCAUAUUUGUCAUCUUUUACAUUUUUUGACAACAGUUUUGGCACGUUCUUAGCAAAAACUAGCCAGUUCUACUCUCAAAUGUGCAAGAUGGCUGCGCAAACUUUAUCAAGGGGCAUGGUCACGAUUUUCGUAAAAAAUUAUUUUUCCUAUCUUAAUGUUUACAAUGCUUUAGUAACGCAUAUCAGACUUUCUCAGGAACUAGCUACCGUCUUCGGAAAGUAUGUUAAAUUUACAUCGAGAUUGAAAGUUGCCAUUUUUACAUGUAAACAAACUGCAUAAUUUCACUUUACAGGGCUAAUGAUGGUGUUUAAAAGUCUAUCAGAGGCAAGAAAUGUGACAAAAUCAGUAGUAAAUUGCAUUAAGAAUUUAAUCUAAUUGUUUCCCAAGAAUUUAUUUCAUAGAUAAGGUUUAUUAGUCCAAAACUAGCGCAGGUAUUUGUGUGCAAUAAAUAUACAUUGUUUUCAAUGGGCGGAAAUGAAGCUUUUAUGUCGUCGAUUCUAACUUUUUCAGACCAGGAGCUACAGCCCUGCAGCUAGUUUACAUUUUAAAUGUUGAAGUAAAAAAUCCAGUUCAGUUUUAGAGCUAAUUAAAUGUGUUAAACGUUAGGAACUGUUUAUAUAUGCUUUAAAAAAAAGAAAAAAGAGAAAUAAUUUUUACUGGAAAAAUUGAACCAGUG